AUGUUUCGAACGAAAGAAGGGCUGAACAAACAGGCGCAUCAAACAUGUUCGCCGAUGCCGCCGUAUCCCAUUCCAGUCGAGUUGCAAACGGUGUUGGAUAUCAAUGCUCAAUCGGAGUUGUGCAGAAAGUCAGAGAUGUAUUCGGAAGUUCUCCAAAUCAUCGACCCUCUGAAACAUGUCGAUUUGUCAGAGUGCCAUUAUGCACAACUACUGACGCUCGGUCUCUUCUUAGAAGAGUAUCAAACUAACGAAGAGAUGAAAAAACGAAAAUUGUUCAAUCAAACAAUUAAAAAAUUACCUGUCAAAGAUCCAAAUGAAAUAUUAUUCUCAAUACGGGUGGAAGAACUGGAUGAAGAGCAUGCGUGGAUACGAGAAGGUGAUUUCGUCGAUGUCAUUGAUACGAAAAUGUAUAAAGAGAUAUACACACUUCGAGUUGCGAGAGUAACGCAGACAUAUAUCAUAGCGAGUGAUGAUGCAGCAAAAUUAUCCAAGGCCUUUGUACCGACAAAUUUAUAUAAUAUCAACUUCCGUUUUCAAAACUAUCCGCUGAGAUGCGAUCACCAUGCUAUAUGGCUCACUUACAAAGAAAAUACUAUCACUUAUCUUUUUCCAGAAAAGGCCAAGCCUUUUAUAAAUAAGAAAAGUCAAACUUACGGCACAAUGACGAUGAUCAAUCCAGCUAUUGAAUCAAAUCCGCAGCAGAAACAGGCGGUGCUGCACAUCGUCAACAAGUCGUCGUUCCCCGCUCCGUAUAUUUUAUACGGACCGCCUGGAACGGGGAAAACUGCCACGUUGGUGGAAGCCAUAGUUCAAAUACACGAAGCCUUCCCGCUUAAUUGUAUUUUAGUGUGCACGCCAUCUAACACUUCCGCCGACGAGAUAGCAAGACGAUUGCUGAAAUAUGUGAAUUCGUCCUACUUGUACAGAAUUUACAGCCAAUCUAGAGACAAAUCAACUAUCGAUAAAGAAUUGCAAAACUGUUCUUUUUUUGGAAAGAAUAAAAGAAUUCCAUUAAGGCGCGAAGAUAUUAUUGGAAAAAAAAUACUUAUAUCAACAUUAUGCACUGCAAUGAGAUUUUCAUUGAUGAAGCUAAACGCGGAUUAUUUUUCCCAUAUCUUUAUCGACGAAGCAGGUCAAGGAACUGAAGCUAAUGUUUUGAUUCCUAUAAGUGUAGCAAGUAAAGAUGGCAAACUACAUAGUCAAAUUAUAUUGGCGGGUGAUCCUAAGCAGCUAGGGCCUACAAUAAUAUCGAAGCUUGCUGAUAAAAUCCUUGGUAGGUCUAUUUUGGAAAGAAUAAUGCAGUACGAUAUUUAUCAAAAAGACCAUUACAAUAAUUAUAAUCCCAAGUACAUAACUAAGCUCCUGCAUAAUUAUCGUAAUCAUCCAAAAAUCAUUCAAAUUUCCAACAAAUUAUUUUACGACAAUGAGUUGAUUUCCAAGUAUUCAAACGGUAACGAGAAAGUAAAUUUUCCCAUAAUUUUCAACGGAGUUGCGGGUGAAGAAGAACAGUACUCGUUUUCUCCAAGCAAAUUCAAUUAUGAAGAAAUACGCUUAGUUUUGCGAUACGUUUACAACUUAAUAGACAAUAAAACGGCAUUUGGUGAAGUUGCUGCUAAAGACAUCGACAUAGUUACGCCGUUUAAACUUCAAAGCAAACGAAUCAAAAAAAUAUUGAAAAAGAAGGAUCUUCAAGAACGAAAGUUUCUUUAUAAAUUAUUUGGGAAGAACAUCAAACUUUCUGACGAUGACAGAGAUAUCAUUGAAAGUGAAAUGGAAAACGAAGAGGAUAUCGAAGAGGCUAUCGAAGAAUAUAUCGUAAAGGGUACCGAAGAGGAUAUAAAAAAGCUUAAAAUGCAAAGUGGAGCAGAUGUCAUACCCGAUGAUCAAUAUAAAUACCGAAAUCUUAAAGAUAUCAACGUCGGAACGGUGGACUUAUUCCAGGGUCAGGAACGCAAAAUAAUGAUAAUGACAGCUGUCAGAAGCAAAACUUUCAUUUGCAACGGGAAAGAGAACAUCGGUUUCUUGUCACAUCCAAAGCGUUUCAACGUCGCUAUGACGCGCGCUCAAGCAGCCCUCAUCGUCAUAGGAAAUCCUGAUGAUCAAGACUUUGAUACAACUGAAAUAUGCAGAACUAUCGAUUUAUUCGGAGGUCUUAAAAAAAAUACAGCUAACAAGAACACUCCAAAAAAGAUGUAUAAGGAUUUUUCUCAAUUAUCAUUAGACUAG